AUGGCUAGAGAAUACAAGCGUUGGAUCUUCACAAAAGCCUGCGACUUUGCGCCGGACGGCACGUUGCAGCUGGGCCAAAUCCUAGCCAAACCCAAGGAUCCCGCGUACGUUCUGCAGCCGACGGGACCCCUGAACUUACACGAGGGCAUGAAGGUCGAGCACGUCACGCGCGAGAACCUCAACAUGCAGACCAACGACGAGAUAAGAAGCCAGUUCAGCGCGUGGGCCAAGCUCGGCUACCUACCGGCGUACUUCAAGACCAGCGCGGCUACGCAACGAUCGCACGACUACGUCUGGCACUUCGAGACGCUCGAGAGCUAUACAACGUCGCCGACACUGGCCUAUGUCACGGCUGCGAUGCGACAUGGCGAUGUCCCUGCCACCCUCAAGGGCUUCCUCUUCAAGACGCGCGCCUACAUGGUGACGGGCGUGCGAGUGGCCAAGGGAGCACGCAUGCGACGGAAGGACCAGACUUCAACCAGCGUGGAAGCGGGCGGACAAACCAGCGCGCCGGAUCAGUCUGUAACAGCGGGCACCCAGGUGAAGAUGGAAGAGAAGAAGCUGGAUGCCGAGGAUUUCGACAAGUCGUCCGAUUUCGUCUUUGCGUAUCGGCUGAACGAGGUCCGGUAUCGUGGGACCGUCACGCACAAGCCGUAUGCGGGGGGCGAGACGGCGUCUGCGGAUGCGCCACGGGCAGACACGAAGAGCGAGAUUGUGCUGGAUGAUUUCGAAGUUUUGAAGAUUGUAGAUAUUCCAGUGGGCAAGGAUGCCAAGAACUUUGAAGCAAUCACUGUUCCGGGGUUUGAGGAUGUAGAAUGUUAUGUAGGGAAGGAUGAUGAGUAG